UGGACGCCUACCGGUAUUGCCAGCGCGGCAGUGGCGGCUCUCUCGGUUCCGUCCAGCGGGUUCUGUAAGGCGAGCUGAGGUGGAGAAAGGGCGCGGAACUGGAAGAGGGUGAGUCAGGCACUGGCUACGUGAUAAAGGGAGGCGGCACUGCGGCAUAGGGCUGAAUUAGGUAAAUGGACCCGUGCUGCAGUCUCUCCGGAGACACCGCGAUCUAGCGCCAGCGAGAAGAGGGCGAGGAGGAGCCAGAGCCCGGUCCUUGCACCCAUUCUCGCCCUCGUACCCCGCCGCCAUCUCCACCAUGCAGUCCCGGGAAGAAGCUCCGCGCUCUCGCCGCCUGGCCAGUCCCCGCGGCGGCAAGCGACCCAAGAGAAUCCACAAGCCCACGGUUUCAGCUUUUUUCACGGGCCCGGAGGAGCUGAAGGACACGGCUCAUUCUGCAGCCCUCCUGGCACAGCUGAAGUCCUUCUACGACGCGCGGCUGUUAUGUGAUGUGACCAUCGAGGUGGUGACGCCUGGUAGCGGCCCUGGCACCGGCCGCCUCUUCCCCUGCAACCGGAACGUGUUGGCUGCCGCAUGUCCCUACUUCAAGAGCAUGUUCACCGGUGGCAUGUACGAGAGCCACCAGGCGAAUGUGACCAUGCAUGAUGUGGAUGCCGAGUCCUUUGAGGUGCUGGUCGACUACUGCUACACCGGUCGAGUGUCCUUGAGUGAAGCCAACGUGGAGCGCCUUUACGCGGCCUCUGACAUGUUACAGCUCGAGUACGUACGGGAAGCCUGCGCCUCCUUCCUAGCCCGCCGCCUUGACCUGGCCAACUGCACCGCCAUCUUCAAGUUCGCCGACGCCUUUGGCCACCGCAAGCUGCGAUCGCAGGCCCAGUCCUUUAUAGCCCACAAUUUUAAGCAGCUCAGCCAGAUGGGCUCGAUUCGGGAAGAGACUCUGGCAGAUCUGACCCUCGCCCAGUUGCUGUCCAUCCUGCGCCUGGAUAGUCUCAACAUAGAGCUGGAGCAGACCGUGUGUCAUGUGGCGGUGCAGUGGUUGGAGGCGGCUCCCAAGGAGCGGGGCCCCAGCGCUGCGGAAGUGUUCAAGUGUGUCCGCUGGACGCACUUCACCGAUGAAAAUAAGGAUUACCUGGAAGGGCUGCUGACCAACACCAUCGUGAAGAAGUACUGUCUGGAACUUAUUGAAGGGGCCCUGCAGAUGCGCUAUGGUGACAAGUUGUGCAAGUCCCUGGUGCCGAAGCCAGAGACCAGCAGCGGCAGCGGCGGCACCAGCAGCACCUGCAGCACCAGCAGCGGCGGCGGCAGCAGCAGCAGUGCCUCUGUGGUGCCCACAGCAGAGAAUCCCCCCCAGCGGCUGGGCGUGUGUGCUAAGAAGAUGGUGAUCUUCUUUGGCCAUCCCAGAGAUCCCUUCCUGUGCUGUGACCCGUACACCGGCGAUAUUUACAAAGUGCCGUCACCUCUGACCUGCCUGGCUCACACGAGGACUGUCACCACCUUAGCUGUCUGUGUCUCCCCAGACCACGACAUCUACCUGGCCGCUCAGCCCAGGAAGGACCUGUGGGUGUACAAGCCAGCCCAGAACAGCUGGCAGCAGCUUGCCGACCGCCUGCUGUGUCGGGAGGGCAUGGACGUGGCCUACCUCAAUGGCUACAUCUACAUUUUGGGUGGGCGAGACCCGAUUACCGGCGUGAAACUGAAGGAGGUGGAAUGCUACAGUGUCCAGAGAAACCAGUGGGCACUGGUGGCCCCGCUACCCCAUUCCUUCAUAUCCUUCGAUCUGAUGGUAAUUCAGAACUAUCUUUAUGCCCUCAACAGUAAGCGCAUGUUCUGCUAUGAUCCGAGCCACAACAUGUGGCUCAAGUGUGUUUCUCUCAAGCGCAAUGACUUUCAGGAAGCCUGUGUCUUCAAUGAUGAGAUCUACUGCAUCUGCGACAUCCCAGUCAUGAAGGUCUACAAUCCAGUCAGAGGAGAAUGGAGGCAGAUUAAUAAUAUCCCGUUGGUGUCGGAGACCAACAACUACCGCAUUAUCAAUCACGGCCAAAAACUGUUGCUGAUCACCUCGCGCACCCCGCAGUGGAAGAAGAACCGGGUGACGGUGUAUGAGUAUGACACUAGGGGAGACCAGUGGAUUAACAUAGGUACCACCUUAGGCCUCUUCCAGUUUGAUUCUAACUUCUUUUGCCUCUCAGCUCGUGUUUAUCCUUCCUGCCUUGAACCUGGUCACAGUUUCCUCACUGAGGAAGAAGAUGUGCCGAGUGAAUCCAGCACCGAAUGGGAUUUAGGUGGAUUCAGUGAGCUGGACUCUGAGUCAGGAAGUUCAAGUUCUUUAUCUGAUGAUGAUUUGUGGGUUCAGGUAGCACCUCAGUGAAAUGCACAGGAUCAGCAGAAUUUGUUGUAGAUAGGUUGAAACACUAAGGUGUUUUUACUGCUUUGGAAAGUGUCUUAAAGAGAUACCCUUUCUCUUCGCUGGGGGGGAAGAGAAACAACAGGUUGAUAUAAUUUCAGGUUUGGUUUAGAAAGGGUAUUGUUUGAAAUACUAACAUAAUUUAAUGUUAGGGAAUUUAUACACUCAAAGAAAUCAACCUAUUUAAUAAUUUACUGUUCUAAAAGUCCAGUAUUGAUUUGAUUGUUGGGUAUGUUUCUGUUUGAUUACACUAAUUUAGUCUUCUGUUAUUAAAUCUUAUAUUCUGUUUUGUGCCACAA